AUGGAUAUUAUAACUAAUAUCGAAGCUUGCCCUUUGCAACUUGAAAAACUUGAAAAGCCAACACAGCAACAACGUCUCGAUAAAGGCACAGGUUUCGCAUUAUUAAACCAAAAAGAUGCAUCUCUCAAAUUAGAAGAACAAAUUAAAAAUAGCAAAAUUAUUGAUUAUGAUCCAACAUCCACAUUGACUACUAAAUUUCAAAGACAAUUGUACAAAUUAAGAAAAGAAGGUAAACUAGACACAAAUACAUACUUUAAAAUGUAUCCAUCACAUUGUAACCCACCAAGGAUAUACGGAAUGAUUAAAGCUCACAAACCAGAAAAAGAUUACCCAACGCGCCCUGUUGUAUUAACAAUUAACACACCACCUUAUGGAACAUCUGAUUAUCUUGUUAAAAUUAUUCAACCGACUCUGAACAAAAAUAAAAGUAGACUUAUGAAUUCUAAUAGUUUUGUAAAUGAAGCUAAGCAAUGGAUAAUAGAUCCCAACGAAGUUCAAGUUUCAUUUGAUAUAGUCAAUUUAUAUCCAUCCAUACCCAUUAACGAAGCAUCUCCGGUUAUUAUUGAUAUAUUGAACGCUGACAUUGAUGACUUCAAAACUCGAACUAAACUUACUCUUGCAGACAUACAUGAAUUAAUUGAACUUUCAUUAAGUAUAUGCUAUUUUUUAUAUGAAAACAAUAUCCGAAUAAUACCUAAUUCAGGUCCUAUAAGUUUAUCUUUAAUGGUUGUUAUGGCGGAAGCGUUUUUACAAAAUAUAGAAAGAAAAGCCCUUAACAUAGCAAUUAUUCAUACAUCCGAACCAAAAAAUUACAAGAGAUAUGUAGAUGAUUGUCAUGCUCGCUUUGCUUCAAUAAAACAACAACAAAUAAAAGAAGCUAUUACAAAUGUUCAACUUAAACCUAACUCGAACAUUAAUCCUAACAUUAUUCUUGGCGUUUUCAAAGGAUUUUUAUGUCGUGCUAAAAGAAUAUGCUCUCAAAAACACCUUCAAAAAGAAAUUGAUUUUCUAAUAGACAUCUUUGUUGAAAAUGGCCACGACAAGAACAUUCUAAAUAAUAUUACUAUAGACUAUUUAAAAAACGUUUCGAAAAACACCACAUUUCAACCAAUAGAUACCCAACCCUAUAUAAAACUACCUUGGAUACCAAUUUUUGGUCCAAAACUUCGUAAAGAGUUUCGAAAGCAAAACAAAAAGGUUAUUUUCACAUCAACUCCCAAUUUAAAAAAUAUUUUCUGCAACAAUAAUGUAUGA